AUGUUCCCAAAAAAAAGGGAAUCGUAUUUGUCAUCAAGGGCUCUUCACAAUGUGAAAUAUGAUUUGAGCCCAUAAGGGAGAGGCUGAGGCAUGAAACCAUGUAAAAUGGGGAGAUGGCCCUCCACUUUUGGGUGAACCCCACAAAACUCAUAACUCAGCACCAAAACGCAUGCAGAAACCCACUCAAAUGCUGCGAGGUCCAUUGCAAUUACAAGAGAGGGUCCCCAACUCCAACUCCCCCCAUGGUAAAGCCUAAAACCUCAAUCUAAUCCGAAGGCCAUAAACCUCAGCAGCAAAAGACAAUUACGGGCGCACAGGGACUCAACCCCACCCCACCUCUCUCAGCAGCCAGCAGACUCAGCACAAGAAACAAAGUGUGACUCAGAUAUUUAAAAUUCAUCACCAUUAAAUGCUUUUUCUUUUGUGCAUCAGUCUCUGUGAUUGCUGUUGAUGUUGUCAUGUCUUUGACUCCAUGACACCCUCUUAAUCUCUCACUCUCUCGUAUCAAUCGCCUAAAUUCAAUUGUUUUUUUUUUCUUUUUUAAUAAUUUUUUAUGGGUGUUUUUGCUGAUGCCGAUGCCCUAAAGGACAACAAAAACUAGACAUUUACUGCCUGCUGCUACUACAACUCAUGGCUACAACUACAACCCACCUCAAAAUCCAAACCCAACCCAUUAAACCUAAGCGUCGGAGGUGUCGAGAAACUACCAUUUCUGCUACUGCUUCGGCCGUCGCCACCGUUGGUGCCGCUGCCGAGUCGUCUGUUGGCCAUUUGGGUCAGGUGGGUCGGAAGCUUGAUCCGCCCACUGUGGUGUCUUCUGAGAGUUCUUGGUGUUGUCCCGCUUCUAAACCCUUUCCCGUUGGGCCUCCUCCGCCACCGCCGCCACCACCACUUCCGCGGCUGCCGACGGCGCUUCAGCGUCGUGGGGUCACCUCCUUGAGUUCGAGCCAAGAAACGGAACUAGUUCAGGGCAGCAUUGCUUCGUCUCCUUCGGAGUCUCCGUCUCCGUCACUGGCACCGUCGACGUUUAAGAUCCGAUUCUCGCCGGGCACGAACUCGCCUGUGAUGGACUUCACGCCGAUUUCAGGGACUGCCAUCAACGGCGGGGCCGCCCACGACUCGUUCCCUUCGAGCUUCAGUAAAUUCAACUCCGCCCUCACCGCGGGGCUGCUGAACCCAAUGUCUCCGCCUCCGCCGCCUCCGUCCGAAAAAACCCGAUCGAGCCCGACCCUUUUCGAGAUGAUGGCGAGCGAGCCGGAAUGUCAGCCGAGGCCCCAGAUCGCGCCUAGUAUGGGCCCCGUAUCGGUUCUAAGGCCUCCAAUUUCGGUUCAGGACAAGAGUGCGUUGAUGAUGCAACGAAUAUCGGAGAUUCUAGCGAGUCGCAGUCCCGGAAACCAGUUCAACGACAUGUCUUCUAGUGAUAUAAAGCUGACUUUGAGCUCAAAAGAUGGUGUCAGCAUUUCCAUGAGCGUUCAUCGGCAAAUCCUUGUGGCUCACAGUAGAUUUUUUGCGGCGAAGCUCUCGGAUCGGUGGACGAGACAGCAGCAGCGAUCUGCGAGUCCCUACAUUGUGGAGAUUGCGGAUUGUGAUGAUGUUGAGAUUUAUAUUGAAACGCUACGUUUGAUGUAUUGUAAGGAUCUGAGGAAGAAGCUCAUGAAGGAAGAUGUGUCCAGGGUUCUUGGGAUAUUAAAGGUUUCAGCUGCUAUCGAGUUUGAUGCGGGUGUCUUAUCUUGUUUGGAGUACUUGGAAGCGGCUCCAUGGGCUGAAGAUGAAGAAGAGAAGGUGGCUGCUCUGCUAUCAGAGCUCCGCCUUGAAGGUGUUGUUGCAGGAGAAGUCCUGAAGAGGGUUUCUGUUGAAAUUACUGCUGGAACUGAAGAGAGUAAUGAAAAUGAAGAAGUGCUUCUCAAGCUUUUGCAUGUAGUUCUCGAAGGCAAAGAUGAGAAGGCAAGGCGGGAGAUGAAAGGAUUAGUGUUAAAAAUGCUUCGGGAGAAUGCUUCUCAGAAUGAUUUAAGGAAGGAGUCUCUGUACUCAGCUUGUGAUGGCUGUUUGGAAUUACUUCGCCUCCAUUUUUUGCGGGCAGCAGCAUCAGACUUGCAGGAUGUAGGUCAGAUUGCACGCCAAGCUGAUAAUUUGCAUUGGAUUUUGGAUAUUUUGAUUGAUAGACAGAUUGCAGAGGAUUUUUUGAAGACGUGGGCAUCGCAAUCUGAAUUGUCUCAUGCACACUCUAAAGUCCCUGUAGUUCAUAGGUAUGAGGUGAGUAGAGUCACUGCUCGGCUGUUUGUUGGGAUUGGAAAGGGGCAGCUCUUGGCUUCAAAGGAUGCUAGGUGCUUGCUUUUGCAGACUUGGUUGGUGCCAUUUUAUGAUGAUUUUGGGUGGAUGAGGAGGGCAUCGAAGGGCCUUGAUCGACACUUAGUUGAGGACGGUCUCAGCAAUACCAUUCUUACUCUUCCUCUAGCUUGGCAACAGGAAAUCUUGCUUGCUUGGUUUGACCGGUUUUUGAAUUCUGGUGAAGAUUGUCCCAAUAUACAGAGGGGGUUUGAAGUGUGGUGGAGGAGGGCAUUUUGGAGAAGACAUGGUAAGACAGAACGGCCUCGACAGUUGCGCAUCACAACUGCAACCAUUGAGAACUCAUGAAACUUAAAGAAGUUAUGACUCUGCCCACUGGAACUAGUGAAGUUCAACAAUUCCAUGAUGCAUGGGAUGAUUCUGCUCUGCUGGGUCUGUCCCCAGUUGCCCUCUUGUGAUCAUGUGGUCCAGAUUUGACAAUAAAUGUUGUUUUUUCAAGGCUUUCCUUUCUGGACUGGAUACAGAAAUUCUUUGGGGAGGAGUUGAAUUUCAGAAGAUUUAGAAUGAUGUGUUUGUUUGAUACAUAUAGCCAGGUUUAGUGUGGAAAAAGAUAAGUGUCCCGGUCACAACUUCAAUAUUAUGUUGGGAAUAAACUCUAUAGAAAUUGGCCUUUUCUGUUCA